AUGAGUGCUCGAACGCCCUUCAACCCGACUCGUCCCGCCGCUGCUGGUCCCGCCGGGGACGCGACGGCCAACGCUAACCAGCAAUUCCAACCAGAUCCCUCGAACCCUCUGCACUCAGAUCCUCCUGCUCCGACGAACCAGAAGAACAAGAACCCUCGCGCGUCUCUCGGUAACGGUACCUCCGCUCCCAUGCCUCUCAAUGUCGCUAGCCUCAAGCCGAAGAAGCGCCCGAACACGCCCAACUCUGGCAACAAGCCGACCUCCCACUCUGCCUCUCGUCCUGUGGAACAGGCCCAAGCUCGACCUGCCACGGCGGACCCCUCAGCUCAGCAGCACAAGACCCUGACGAACCACCGCCUGGCUAGUCGUGAUUCCGCUCAUCAGUCAAACGCGCUCAACCUUGCAGUCUCCUCUCCGCGCGCGGCUCCCCCGAACACCCCGGGUCCUAUCCUUCAAUCCAACGCGAAUGCCAAUGUCUUCAAGCACCCUGGUCUUCCUGCAUCCGCUGCUCACGACCUCUCGCCGGAAGACGCGCAUAUACCCAGCUCUAUGACUCCCCUACAGCGGUUCUCUGGCUACAACAACGGUCAGCCUAUGGAAGAGGAUCCUUUCUUCUCGAGUCGUGUCGAGGAGUACGAGCGCAGGCGCUCCGGCGGCUCAGCGAUGGUUUCCCCUCCGAUGGGCGAUCAGAGCCUCCUGCGACGUGGUCCAGUUCGUAGCAAGCGCAACCGUAUGGAUGCGGACGAUAUUCCCGCUCAGACUGAGUACCCUACGAACCCAAAGCGCUACAAAGGAAACCAGAUGAGCAUGGAUGGCUACGAUAUGCCCGAGGAAUACGACCGCCCUCUCGACAACCUGUCCAGCCCCCGCUCGCACCACUCCGAGUAUCAAGACGGCCCUGCGCACUGCAGCCCAGCGGUGCCCCACCGCUCGCGCAGCCGCGCCCGGCGCUCGCAAGGCCCGUACGCACAGCAGCCACAGGCCGCGUACGCUCAGCAGCCGCAACAAGCUGCCUACGCUCAGCAAGCGCCCGUGCCACCGCCGGCUCAGCCCAUCGGCAUUGACCGCUUGCUUGGGCCCGAGACGAAUGCGUAUGUGGAGGCGAAUAUGGCGACGUAUGAGAAGCUGGUCAAGCGCUGGUCGGACUGUACGGUGGACGAGUGGAAGGCGGGGGCAGCGGAACUGACGAAGAAGUAUGAACGCUUACUCGAGGUGGCUCAGAAGCAUAUGGCCGCAAAGCUCGCCUUGUUCGCGUCGUUCGACCAAAAGGUAGACCAGCACAACAAGGUGCUGGAGAAUCGCAGCAAAGUCCUGGCGAGUGCAAAGGAGAAGGUCGAGAAAGAGCAUGGUCUCACUGAGAUCGGAGGCGGAUUCUUUGGACUUGGGCUGGCUUGGGAUUUGGUCGGCUGGGAAGCUCUUGAAGUACCGAACUGGACGGGCCGGGUCUGCUAUGAUAUACUGGGCAAUCAGGAGGGGGAACGAGAUCUAUGGGCGCAGCGUCGCUCAGGCGUCUUUGGCAAGCUGCACAAGCAUCCUCGACGAGCGCGCACACAGGAGGAGCUUACUGCGUGUGUACGAAAGGGUACUUCUCCCUUGCCUCGCAAAGAGAACACACUAUGCGUCUGA